GUGAAAGCCUGGUGAAUUCAUUUUGAGCCUCGGAGCCGUUCCGUCUAACCAAGACAGGCCAGGAAGGCUCAGGUCCAUCCUUUCCAAUCGCCUUUCAGCACAAUCAGUGCUGCUCCCAGUUUCUCUGAAGGUGCCCCCUGAGAGCUGUCAAAAUUUCUAUCAUCGAGGAUCUUGAAGCGGCGGAGGAAGAAAUCAUGGGUGCAGGAGCCAGUGCUGAGGACAAAAAGUCCAAGGAGCUGGAGAAGCAGCUCCAGGAGGAUGCUGAUAAGGAGGCUAAAACAGUCAAACUGCUGCUGCUCGGUGCUGGUGAGUCAGGGAAAAGCACCAUUGUAAAACAGAUGAAAAUUCUCCAUCAAGGUGGUUACACGAAAGAGGAGCAGUUGGAGUUUCGAGCAAUCAUCUACGGCAACAUCCUGCAGUCUGCUCUGGCUAUCAUCAGAGGCAUGGAGAUGCUUGGAAUCGACUUCGGCGCGUCCUCUGCACAGGAAGACGCACAGAAGCUGCAGAACCUGUCAGACUCCAUCGAAGAGGGAACGAUGCCCCCCGAGCUGGCUGAUGUCAUCAAGAAGCUGUGGAGGGACUCUGGUGUGCAGGCCGCCUACGAAAGAGCUGCUGAGUACCAGCUGAACGACUCUGCUGGCUACUACCUCGGUGAAAUGGACAGAAUCUGCCAGGCGGACUACCUCCCCACUGAGCAGGACGUGCUACGGUCUCGAGUCAAAACAACCGGUAUCAUUGAAGAACAGUUCUCCUGCAAAGAGCUGCACUUCAGGAUGUUCGAUGUGGGAGGUCAGAGGUCAGAGAGGAAGAAGUGGAUCCACUGUUUUGAGGGCGUGACCUGCAUCAUCUUCUGCGGAGCUCUCAGCGCGUACGACAUGGUGCUCGUAGAGGAUGAUGAAGUGAACCGUAUGCACGAGUCCCUCCAUCUAUUCAACAGCAUCUGCAACCACAGGUUCUUUGCUCUGACAUCCAUCGUGCUUUUCCUCAACAAGAAGGAUCUCUUUGAAGAGAAGAUCAAGAAAGUCCAUCUGAGUAUCUGUUUCCCCGACUACGACGGCUCCAACACGUACGAAGAUGCCAGCAACUACAUCAAGACACAAUUCUUGGAUCUGAACAUGAAGAAGGGUCAGAAAGAAAUCUACUCCCACUUGACCUGUGCCACAGACACGAAGAACGUCGAGAUCGUGUUCAACGCCGUGACGGACAUCAUCAUCAAAGAAAACCUUAAAGACUGCGGUCUCUUCUAAGCAGCUGCAGAGUUAAGAAAGAGAGCUCUUUUUUGACCCCGACACAUUGGCAUAAAGAAAAAAAAAGCGAUGGAGCCCAGAGGACCCUCAGACUGUUGUGUUUAUGCUGUCGUCUCCAUGCCAAGCGGCGGUCCUCAAAAAGCUCCGACAGCAUCAGCAUCGACACCCCCUCCCUCACCCACGGCUGAUUCYUGCAGCGCUCCGCACAUCCGGUUUGAUAGAAACAAACGCUGAAGUCACUACACCAACACUGAAUUUCCACUUUUCUACAGGAUAAACUGUUUUUCCCCCUCACAUCUUAAGGCUUGAAGCUCCAAAGAUGAUGAUUUUAAUAACUAAUUUAAUUCAGUCAGGAGAAACAAAUAUCUGAAUAGCUACAUUGCAAUCUUUUAUUUGUUUUUCAGAACUCUAGUUUCUGUGGUUUUGRCAUUUUAAUCUGAAAAGUCGCUGAGCAAAAUAUCUCAAAUAAUCCUGGUACCCGCAGCAUAAUCCAAAUUACAAACCCAAUUGUGCAUGUAUCUAAUCUAAUCGCAUUAGUGUUGAAUUCACUUAACAUUUUGUUGUGAUAAAUAACUCUCACCUCUCUGAACAUGGUAGAGAAGCUUUGUAAAUAAGAGUAGAUAACUUAUAUUUGAAAUAAUAAAUUACAUGGAAGCGUAUGAGAGAGACACUAGAGGGUUGAUGCUUUAUCGUGAAACAUGACUGAAAAAUCUGCUGUGUUCUUUCUUAUAGUAGAGGCAUGAAAUAAAGAUGCAUUAACUUCA